CGUAUUUUUACAACUUUAAAGUGUGAUCUAGUUAAACACGUCGUCAUAAAUCUCGACUUCGCGUUGUGACGCACAAUUGUAGCUGGGAAAGGGCUCGAGGGCUGAAAGUGUUUUUUUUUUUUUUUUUUUUUUUUUGUGCGGUUUGAGGAAGGAAAAAGUCCUCAGGCUAACGCUAUGUAGCAAGCUAAUGUCAUACAUUCACGCGUGAACUCCGGACCUGUGAACUCACACGCUGUCUUAAAAUCAUAUUUUCAGUUUGCAGGCAUGACCGAGUACAAGCUUGUGGUGGUCGGAGCAGGAGGCGUGGGCAAGAGUGCUCUCACCAUCCAGCUCAUCCAGAAUCACUUUGUGGAUGAAUAUGAUCCAACCAUCGAGGACUCGUACAGGAAGCAGGUGGUGAUCGACGGAGAGACGUGUCUGUUGGACAUCCUGGACACUGCGGGUCAGGAGGAGUACAGCGCCAUGAGGGACCAAUACAUGAGGACGGGGGAGGGCUUCCUCUGCGUCUACGCCAUCAACAACACCAAGUCCUUCGAGGACGUUCACCUGUACAGGGAGCAGAUCAACAGGGUGAAGGACAGCGACAGCGUUCCCAUGGUGCUGGUGGGUAACAAGAGUGACUUGAGCUCACGCUCCGUCGAGACGAAACAAGCACAGGAACUGGCCCGAAGCUACGGCGUGCCCUUUGUCGAGACCUCGGCCAAAACCAGACAGGGUGUGGAGGAAGCGUUCUAUUCGCUCGUGAGAGAGAUCAGAAGAUACAAAGAGACCAACCGCAGCAGCAAAAAGAGCAAGAAGAACACUCAGAGACGCUGCAUGAUAUUAUAGCGAUGAGAGCCGUGUCACAUUUUUUGUCAUAUACGCAAACUAGCGCCCCCUACAUGUCAGGUAGGCCACAAGCUCUCCCAACAUGUUUGUCCAUUUAAUGCUGUGAAUGUCCAGACCAAACUGAAUUGUUAGCUAGGUUUUUUUUAAGAGCAGCAUUCAAGAGUUAAAUUUUCUUUUGAAGAAACUCAACUUUUUCUCCAAUUGACUCGUUGCUAAUAUGAGUGCGACAGCGUGCACUGAGGACACAUUUGGGCCAAAUGGCGAUAGGCUGAAGCCUUGUGUUGGUUGCUGACGUUUCGGUGAUUGUUUUUCCACGCAAAUACAUCAAACUAUUUCCUACUGA